AUGAAGCUACAGCUGCCGCAGCAAGAAAGAGGGCGCUAUUACCGUCGGCUGAUGUGGUCCACCGUCCACGACGAACUUGCAGUGGUCGCCGCCGCCCGCGGUGGCGGUGCCCUGCUGGCCUUCUUCUUCUCCGGCCUGUUGCCGCAGAGGAGGACCAUGACAGAUAUGGCCACCACCCCCAGCAGCAGAAGGAGCCACGGCGUCUGCUGCUCCUGCGUGCCCAAGCCCGCAGCAGCAGCGGAGGCCAGAAGAGCUCGCUUCAUUCUGCUAUGGUCCCUCCCUGGCCUCUACCACUGGAUAUCUCUCACGAAUUUGAGUUUGGAUCAAGUGCAGCGCAAGAUUUGA